UCACCAUAACCGGUUUGAACUUUGACGCGCACAGACAGACACAUCUCUAGGUCGUCCCUCCACCCCAGCUCCGCCACGUCGACCCUCCGCCUACAGCUCCGCCGCUUCGGCCCUCCGCCUACAGCUACGCCGUUCGUCCCUCCGCCUACAGCUCCUGCAUCUUCCCUCCGCCUACAGCUCCGCCGCCUUGGCCUACCCCCUGCUCACCCCGUUACUCUCUGAUUAGGAACUUGUAAUAUGAGUGGAUUACAGACACAAGACUUCCCUUCUACAUUAAGAUUAACAAAAGCACCAAAAGAUGUAAUGGCAGAACCUGAAUCAAAGCCAAAGAAGAAAAUCUGUUGUGCUUGCCCUGACACUAAGAAACUCAGGGAUGAAUGUGUUGUUGAGCAUGGUGAAUCAGCUUGCUCAAAAUGGAUUGAAGCUCAUCGAUUGUGCCUUCGUUCUGAAGGCUUCAAUGUAUGAAUUCAAAUCAGAGAUUUCAAAUAGAAGGAGACAAAUCCAGAAUAAAUGAUUUUUUAUUGAUUACGUUAUUGAGUUACAAAAAGGUCGAACAUUUUUUUGAUAUGUUUUGUUGUUUUGCACACUAUUGAAUAUUGAUUGAAUCUUAAUAAGAAACACAGAGUAAGUGUUCUCAUUUAA